CAACACAUUCAUCAAAGGUCGACACAUUCCAUAGUCUUCGCUCAUCACCACCUUCUACACAACAGUGACAAAUGCCGCCCUCCCUGCGCAUCCUCCUGCCGCUGCUCCUCGCCGCCCACGCCAGUUCAGCUCUCGCGUUCGAGCUCGAGGAGGCCACCAUCGAAUCCAUCCACCACGCCUUCGCCAACGGCGCACUCACCUCGCGUGGCCUCGUCGAACUCUACCUUCGCAGCAUCGCGUCCCUCGACCCCGCCCUCCACGCCGUCAUCGAGCUCGAUGCCGACGGCGCUCUCGCCGCAGCUGACCGCGCCGACGCAGCUCGCCUCUCGCGCGCUGGCUCCGGGGCGCUCCCGCCGCUCCAUGGCAUCCCCGUCCUGAUUAAGGACAACAUCGCCGCGGCCGGCGAUGGAGGAGGGUUGCUAAACGCGACGGCCGGGUCGCUCGCCCUGGUCGGGUCGCGCUCCGCGCGCGACGCGGGCGUGGUGGAGCGGCUCCGGCUCGCCGGCGCGGUGGUCCUUGGCACUGCCAGCCUCAGCGAGUGGUGCAAUUUCCGCGCCCCCGGCAUCCCCGCCGGCUGGAGCCCCCGCGGUGGCCAAGGCCUGAAUCCUUAUGUGCCGUCAGCAACAACUUGUUCGUCGAGCAGCGGCUCCGCAAUUGCGGCGGCGGCGAAUAUGGUAGCGGUGACGAUUGGGACGGAGACGGAUGGGUCCAUCAUGUGCCCGUCCAGCUUCAACUCUGUCGUUGGGAUUAAGCCGACGGUUGGUCUCACAAGCCGCGCCGGCGUCAUCAUCAUAUCCCCGAGGAUGGACACAGUUGGGCCAAUCUGUAGAACAGUUUCAGAUGCUGUUCAUGUGUUGGAAGCUAUUGUUGGUCAUGAUCCAUCAGACGCAGAGGCAACUCGCAUGGCGUCUCAUUAUAUCCCAGAAGGUGGUUACAAGCAAUUCUUGAACAUAGAUGGUCUAAGAAGCAAGAGGCUUGGAAUUCUCAGGAAGGAUUUCUUCCGGUUCCCCUCGGGCUCUGUCCAAGAAAAGGUGUUUGAGGAGCACUUUAACACUAUGAGGCAAAUGGGGGCCAUCUUGGUGGACAAUCUUGAGAUACCAAGUAUGAAUGUCAUCAAUGAUGCGGUACAAAGCGGUGAACGUGCUCUUAUGCUGGCCGAGUUCAAGCUGUCCCUCAACUCUUACUUGUCUGAACUGGCUAUCUCGCCUGUUAGAUCAUUAUCAGAGAUAAUUGACUUCAACAACAAGCACCCUAUCGAGGAAAGGAUGGCUGAAUUUGGCCAGAGUUACCUUCUGCAGUCUGAAGCGACGAAUGGCAUAGGCCCAAUUGAGGUGCGUGCCAUUGCUAAACUGAACAAACUGUGCAAAAGAGGCCUUGAGAAAAUAAUGCAAGUUAAUCAACUGGACGCAAUCAUUGCACCUGGUGCAUCAGCUCAUAGCCUGCUCGCAAUCGGCGGCUAUCCAGCAAUCACUGUCCCAGCUGGAUAUGCAUCGAAUGGUGUUCCUUUUGCAAUCUGCUUUGGAGGCUUGAAAGGAUCAGAGCCAAAGCUUAUUGAGAUUGCUUAUUCAUUUGAGCAAGCAACAAAAGUAAGGAGACCUCCAGUAUUGCAGCAUUCUGUCAUCUGACUGUAGCUUCAGAAAAGAAUCAGCUCAUUUUGUUUUGGCCAAUUUCUACCAAUUUGAAGUUCAGUAGAGAGAUGCUCCUUCCGGGCGUAUUUAACUGGUUAAGACAGACUUUGAACAACAAUUUAUGUGACAUAAAAUUGAUGUCGUUAGUUUCGUAUUAAAAUAAAUUAUUUAUAAUUGUUAUUUGGCGUCAGGUAAACCACAUUUAAACUGAGUAAUUGUUGCUCAAAUGCU